GGCAUUUAUAAUAUAAGAUUAUAAAUCCUUUUUUCAAUGCAUUCCUUAAACAGAACAACAAAUGUAAAAUAUAUAUUUUUUUAGUGUAACUUGAAAUAUUCUAAUUAGCAUAACAAAAUUUCUGAAAAAUAACAUUCACUGAUGAAGUCCUUUGGAACAUCUCCAGGUAGAUGUUUUUUUGUUGUUGAAUCAGAUGACAAUUUAAGUCAAAAUCCAAAUUCUAAUUGCACCUCCACCUCCAUAACAAACAAAGAAAAUGCAAAGAGAGGUCAUACAAGAAGAGAAAGCAGCAGUUUUGCAUAUAGAGUUCAUGAACAUGUGAAAUUGGGUCCUAAAUUGUCUGAGACUUUGAAGGGUAAGUUGAAUUUGGGUGCUAGGAUUAUACAAGAAGGUGGGAGAGGUAACAUUUUCAAGCAUACUUUUGGGAUGCAAGAGCAAGAGAAACUAUUGAAGGCCUCUCAGUGUUAUUUAUAUACUACAGUUGGUCCUAUUGCUGGAACUCUCUUUAUCUCCACUGUUAAGGUAGCUUUUUGCAGUGAAAGGCCUACAAGCUUCUCUUCUGCAGCUGGAGACUUAGUAAAGGCACCUUACAAGGUUUUGAUACCAAUAGAGAAGAUAAGAGAGGUGAAUGAAAGCAUGAAUGUGAAAAAGUCAGAACAGAAGUAUAUAGAAGUAGUGACUAAGGAUGGCUCUGAAUUUUGGUUCAUGGGGUUUCUGAGGUAUGAGAAAGCUAUCAACAAUCUCAAUAAAGCCAUUUCCAUGGCCAAUAAAUUCUAAAAGGGAAACUGAACAGUGCUUUUUGUAACAAAGUUUGAAUAUAGAGGAAGUUGUUAGGUGAAUGGGAGGUUAAGCAAUCUUAGCCUGUGUUUGGUUUCACAGUGGAAAUAGCAAAAUAACAGUGAACCACCAUUCUGUAGCUUGUGCAAAAUCAUGGUGGUUCACCAUAAUUUUAGCAAUGCUACUGUGAAACCAAACAUACACUUAGUCUUUUAUCUUAUGGUUGUUGCAUGAACUUCUUUUAUUGACAAAUCUUAGUGGUUAAUUUGUUAAGAAAGGGGAAUUUGUUAGCACCAGAGAUUGAACCCCUAAUCUUUUUUUUAA